AAUCCGCCAAAGCUGCCUGGCGCGUGGAUCUUGCUUUCGGCGCCCGUGCAGCUCUCAUUCGCCGCGCGGACAGGAUGAGUUCCUUCAGCACCAGAGCGCUGACGGUCCUCUCCUCCGUGUUUGGGGCGUGUGGCCUUCUCCUGGUGGGUGUGGCCGUGUCCACAGACUACUGGCUGCUCAUGGAAGAGGGCAUCGUGCUCCAGCAGAACCAGACCAUGGAGGUCAAGAUGGCGCUACACUCCGGCCUCUGGAGGGUCUGCUUCGUAGCUGGGCCAGAAAAAGGAAGAUGCGUGGCGUCCGAGUACUUCACAGAGCCAGAAAUCGAGAUUACGACCGAGAACACUGCGAAUAUCCUGAAGAUGGUGAGGACUGCCACGCCCUUCCCCAUGGUGUCUCUCCUCAGCUCCCUGUCUGUCUGUUUGUCCAUGUCUGUCUCUGCCUUCCUGACUGUGGUUCUGUCUUUUUCUCUGUGUUUUGCAGGCUUGAGUCUGGUGGUGGGUUUGGUGCUAUAUAUCUCCAGCAUAAAUGACGAGGUGAUGAAUCGUCCACGGGAGCCCGAGGGCUUCUUCCACUACCACUAUGGCUGGUCCUUCGCUUUUGCAGCCAGCUCCUUCCUCCUGAAAGAGGGUGCGGGGGUGAUGUCCGUUUACCUGUUCAUGAAGCGCUACACGGAGGAGGAGAUGUAUCGGCCACACCCUGCCCUCUACCGCCCCCGGCUGUCCGAGUGCAGCGACUACAGCGGCCAGUACCUGCACCCGGAGUCCUGGCCGCCUCCCCAGCGUGGCCGCAGCGCCUCGGAGGUCUCCAGCGACAUCUCCAUCCAGCUCAACCAGACCACGCCGCCAGGUCCACCCAAGGGCAGCGGCUCUGGGCCGCCGCAGCACAGCGGGCCCUCCUCCUCCGGGCCGUCGUCGGGGGCGAGCUACCACCACCACGCUCCACAGUCCUCCUCCUCCUCUUCCUCCUACCCCCACUCCAUGCACCACGCCGCCGCCGCUGCCGGCCACAACCCCCAGUCCCUGCCCAUGGCCACGCCCCCGUCGGCUGUGCCCCCGCCCCGUUAUCACACGCAUAUGCGCAUGAGCGCCUCCCCCUGCUAGAGGAAGAAGAGGGAGGAAGAGAGAGAGAGAGAAAGAGAGAGAAAGAGAAAGAAAGAGCGCCAUAUCCUCUGCUCUGCACUCCUGGAAACACAUGCCUAUAGCAUAUACAAACAGACAUGCCCAAACACAUGCACGCAAACACAAAUAAAUACACACAUGCACAAACACAAAUAAAUACACACAUGCACACACACACACACACACACACACACACACACACACACACACACAUGUACAUACCCAGGGUUGGGUGCGGUCAUCAAAUAUGAAAUAUAAGAGUUGGAGAUGAAGAAAAGAAAAGAUAGACCAAAGGGAAGGUAAGGGAGGGAAAAGAUUGGUGUGUGUGUGUGUGUGUGUGUGUGUGUG